AUGCCCAAUCGCGCUAGGCGGAUCCUGGCUUCCCUUCUCGCGCCUACAGGAAAGGUGGACCAGCAUUCAUCGGGGAAUGUGAUCAGGAAUAAGGCCACAAUUCUGGAACCGGAAGGUGAAUCUAAGACACUGCUGGUCUCCGAAGCUGCUGCAGAGACGUCCAGCCCCGGAGAUCCGGAUCCUGAUCCAGAUGCAAAGGAAGUCAAGGCCGCAAAAGGACAAGAUACGAUCGGCAGUGCCACUCUCACGGGGCUCUGGGACGAAGCAUAUAAAUUAGUAGAGGAGGAGAAUGCUGACCUUUUGGCUGCUUAUGAGAGAUAUCUCCUCCUUGAUCCGCAUUCUCAAUCUACGACUGCAGAUGAACCAACGGCAGAGCUGUCCAUAAGUUCACGCGAGAGACAAGAGGAAAUCCGGAAGCUAGCACAACGCAAGCUAAACGCGGUUCAACAAGGGCAUCUAAAGGUCAUCAUUAAGGGCAAGGAGAUCGUCAUCAGAGACCAGAUACACCGAAUCUUGCUGACAAACCCCGUCACUCAAACGGACAGUGCCACGGAGCUGAUUGCUUAUGUGUCGGACCUCAUGGUUCGAUGUCGGGUGAUCGAAGAGACGCUCAAUCUUCCGUCAUUGGACAGUGUCAAAAGGAACGGCGAUAUUCGCACUCGUUUAAGAACCAAGUCUGUGCGCCUCUAUGUGCAAAUUAUCAAAAGCCAGAUGCUGGUUACUUGCCACUAUUCCCGGGCUGCCUUUUUGCGAUUCUGGCGGGAUGUCGCAAAUGUGGAUGACUGGAAGCAGAUGCUUGAUGAUAUGCUCAAGGCCAAGCAGAACAUCGACGAGGACUUACAGGCCCUUGGGCAGAGUCUCUUAGGACACGUUGAUGCGGAGGUAUCCAAGCUACAGGAAAAAGCCGAUAACAUGAUCCGCAUGCUGGGGGAUAUCUCUCAGGGAUUGAAUAUCGCAAAACUUCCCUGCGCAAAGUACGCGGGUUUCAAUGCCUUGGAUCCAACUGCCCGGCUUUCGCCCACCAUGUGUCACGAAAAGACUCGGGUGGAGAUUCUUGAUGAGAUUGUGCAGUGGGGCAGGGGCGAUGAGGGGAGGUGUAUCUUCUGGCUCAGUGGCAUGGCAGGUACCGGGAAGUCCACUGUCAUUAGAACGGCCGCAGAGAGAUUCCAUCGGCAGGGGUUAAUGGGUGCAAGCUUUUUCUUCUCGCGCACAGGGGAACUACGAAAUCAAACUACAGCGCUUUUCACCACCCUCGCUUCACAGCUGGCGGACUCACUGCCCGAGCUUCGAUCUUACAUGAGCAAGGCGAUAGACCAGGAUAAGUCUAUCGGGGAGCAAUCGCCCCGAAACCAAUGGGAGCGACUCAUCCUGGAACCUCUAUUGGAGCUGGACAAAACCUUGCUCUUGCCAUUACAUGCCGUUUUUGCUAUCGAUGCAUUGGAUGAGUGUCGGGACCAUCGCCAGCAGGCCAUUCCCGAGCUCUUUGCUCAGGCUAAAAGACUCAAGAUGAUUCGGCUACGAGUUCUCAUUACCAGUCGGCCGGAAAAGACCAUAGCUGAAAGUUUUCGCAAAAUGCCAAGGGAUCUCUACCACGUUUCGCAGCUCGACUCCGACGAACAGACUUCACAGACCACACGGGACAUUUCCAUCUUCCUCAAAAGCCAGCUUGCCGUUGUUGCUGAUGCGAAUGGCUUGGAAAGCGGGUGGCCAGGGGAGAAGCAGAUCCAAAUCUUGGUGCAAAGGGCCGGUCGCCUGUUUAUUUAUGCCGCGACGGCGUGCCGGUUUCUGGAUAGCAACUUCCCGGAGGAGAGGCUCGCUACUUUACUCGAUGCUCAAGCUACCGACGAUUCGCCUACUGCGGACCUAGACGAAGUGUAUCAUCUAGCCCUACGUCAAGCAAUCAGUGAGAGUCCUGACAGCAAAUACCUCGUUCCACUAUUCCGCCGUAUAGUCGGGUCGAUUAUCCUCUUGGAGGAGAGGCUGUGUCCAAAAGAUUUGUCCGUCCUACUUAACAUUCCACUACGCCAGGUGCGUAUCAUUUUGGACCUGCUGCGGUCAGUACUCGCUGUCCCUGAUGAAGACACAUCCCCUGUUGCCUUGUUUCACCUCUCUUUUCAUGACUUUCUGCUAGACCGUACCAGAUGUCCUGACCCCCAGAUUUGUAUCGAGGAGCAAAGCGCACACAGCUAUCUUUUAGACCGCUGUCUUGAGCUCAUGUCCCAACAUUUAACCAAAGAUAUGUGCCACCUGCGCCGGCCUGGGACACUGAUAUCGGAGAUGGACAGCCAGAUAGUAGAGAAAUAUAUCCCCUACGCGCUCCAGUAUACCUGCCGCUUCUGGGUCACCCAUCUUGCCAAUGCAGACGUUGACCUCAAGAAGGAUGAACGCGUGUAUGCCUUUCUGGCGACGCAUCUUCUGCAUUGGUUAGAGACUCUCAGCCUGAUACGGAAGAUCUUUGAGGGAAUCGCUACUAUUAACUUACUAGAAGACCUUGUUAAGGCCGUCGCCAACCCCUCCCUGCGCGCCUUUAUUUACGACACUAAGCGAUUUGUGCUAUGCAUGCGAUCCAGCAUAGAGGCGGCGCCGCUCCAAAUCUACUGCGGCCUCGUCUUUACGCCACGACGAAGCGUCCUGAGAGAGAUCUUCCAGCGGGAUAUUCCUGCGUGGUUUGAGAGGCUGCCUCGAGUGGAAGGCAACUGGAGUCCACUUGAGCAAACGCUGCAACACCCGCUUUGGGUGGGACGAGUGGCCGUCUCCCCCAGCGGCAGUCUCCUAGCUGUGGCGUGUGCCGGUCGAGGCAGUUUCCUAUGGAACACGGCCACGGGCCAACUAAUCAUGGACAAUGGCCAUGGUGACGAUGUCGUAAAUCUCGCGUUUGUGGACGACGGGAGUAAACUCGCUGAGGCAUGCUCUAACGGCGCCGUGAGGCUGUGGGAUACCAGUACCGGACAGAUGUUGCGGGCCUUUGGCCAUUCUUCGAGGAUUGAAAGUGCGGCUUUUUCUUUCGGCAGCCCGGCACUAGCCUGCACAGCUGAUGGGCCGAAUAUACGUGUGGAGAAUCUGGACACAGGGGAAACGGAGGACAUACUCGAGCUUGGCGCAGAUGUGCGCUGCGUGGCCAUUUCUCGAAGCGGCUUCCAAAUAGCAGCCAGUACCAACGAGAGCAUCGUGUGUUUCCGCGAUACGGGAGCAGCAGCGACCCAAAGAGCGGUGCAGUACCAACAGUCAAGCUCAUGUCGUGCCUUUUCUGCGCUUGCCCUAGAAUUUUCGUCAGAUGGCUCGAAACUCGCCGUAGGGCACUAUGACGGGUGCGUGGUGCUAUGGGAUCUGACAGGCAAUGGCAUGAUAAACAAGGAGCUGAGUCCGCGUCAUGCCAGGCGUAUCACUCAGCUUGCAUUUGCUCCCGAUGAUACUAAGCUUCUAUCCUCGUCCGAAGACGCGACAGUCCGGGUGUGGGAUGUCGCAUCGGGGGAAACGGAGCAAAUAUUGCAAGGUCAUUCGGAUGCUGUUGACGGUGUGGCUUUCUUUCCAGAUGGUCGCAGAGUAGCCUCAGGUUCGAUGGAUUGGACAGCAAGGGUAUGGAAUAUAGCUCUGGAACAGGAAAAAAGGACGUCCACUCAGACUGCUGUGCGCCAUGUCUUGGGUAUGGCCAUCUGCUUGGAAACAAGCAUGGUAGCCGCGGGGUUUAAUAACGGGAGUCUGGAAGUGUGGGAUGUGGAAGCAGGCAAGAUGCAACAACAGCUUCUCGAGCCCCAGGGUUAUCCCUUGAAAGCCAUGGCAUUCUCGCCCGAUGGUACUAUGUUAGCCGCGGGAAAUGAUUAUGGGGAGAUCACUCUGUGGUCUACUGCUGACGGCAAGCAGCGAAAGGGUUUCAGAGCGGAUCGAGAAGCGGUUGAAAUUCUCGCCUUCUCACAUGAUGGCAGGAUGGUAGCCUCGGCUAGCAUAGAAGCGACACAAGGUUCCUUUAACAACAGUUUGAUAAAGAUUUGGGAUAUUAACCAAGGCAAGCUGAAAGAGACGCUACUGCAUCCCGACGAAGUGCGGAGCAUGGCGUUCUCUCCAGAUGACCAGAAGCUGGCAUGUGCGACCGAUGACCAAAAGCUAAGAAUCUGGGAUCUCUCUACCUGGAAGAAUGAGGUAGCAUUUGAUGCCGAGUGCCCGCCCGGGAACCCGCGAGCCGUCCCCGACAGCCUGCGAUUCUCCCCCGACAGUACUGUGCUGGCCGCUGGAUAUAGGGCCGAGAUCAUGUUCUUCCAGGUUGCUACCGGCAGACUAAUUCACCGGCUCAGCGGUCACUACAGCUCUGUCGGCAGCGUUAUCUUCUCGAAUGAGCGCAUUGAGCUAGCAGUGGCCUACUGCAUUGAAUGGAAUGGCUGGAUCAGGAGGAAUGGAGAAAGGAUUCUCUAUCUACCUAUUGAUUACAGGCCCGAUGAGGUCUGCAUUCAAGGGGACAUAGUUAUACUGGGCACUUACAACCAUGGCAUUGUGACACUUGGAUUCUCUCCUGAUAACGACACAGUGAUUAGAGUGUGA